AUGGGUUCGACUCGCGCUGAUGGCUCGGGAAAGGAUCGGUUAAAGUGGACACCAAAGUUGCAUGAUCUUUUUGAGAAGGCAGUGAAUCAGCUUGGAGGGCCAGAUAGGGCUACACCAAAAGGUAUCUUGAAGGCUAUGGGCAUUGCUGGACUAACCAUUUACCAUGUCAAAAGCCACUUACAGGAGGCAAGUAUGAAAGAAGAAGCAUCUCAGAAAUUCUGCCCAACUUCAGCACCACAUCGUGAUGGUGCUCAGCUCAACGAAGCACUUCAAAUGCAAAUGCAAAUGGAAGUGCAAAGACGCUUGAGUGAUCAACUUGAGGUUCAAAAGAGCUUGAAACUUAAAAUUGAAGCCCAAGAAAAGUUCCUAGAGAGAAUUGCAGAGGAAUUUAAAACCCGGCCAAACAUCACAACGCCUAGCAAGCCUUUCUCUCCUCUAUCACUUCCUUCCCUUUGCGAUGAUUCUGAAUCAAAUAUGAAGGAAUUUGAAUCCGACUCUGAGGCUGACAAGAACGAAAUACGUUGUGAAGAACUUCGAGCUACAAAGAGGCUUAGGGUGGAGGAAAAUAUUCUGCAACAAAGAUUUAAACUCGCUUCACUCAACUCAGGAUCUUAUAAUCCAAACUUGGUUCUGUCAAAAGGAGGGAAUUAUCCUUAUUCUGCCCAUGAAAUCAGCUUUCCAUGGAGUGUUUCAGCCUGUCAAUCGCCUCAACUGCCAGCUUCAUAUGGUUCUUAUAAUUAG